AUGGAUGCGAGCGAGUUCGAUACAAGCCGCAUUCACAAGGAACGUUCUCUCGAUCUAGUUUCCAAAAUCUGCAGAGAGCUGGGCGUUGCAGACGAGAGAUUAUACCUCGCCUACGCAGAGCGAGGCAUCUCACGCAUUCAGGAUAGACGGUACAAAGAAGGUGAAGCCGAUCUCAAGGAGGCGCUGCAGAUGCGCAAAGCUCUCGGCAACUACAUUCCGCGCUCAGGCGAGGUCAACCUGAGCUGGGCCUUGCUUGCACAAGGCAAGUUUGAAGAGUGCAGCACGCUUCUCCUGGACAGCUUGGCGGGGAGAGAAAGGGCCUUGGGCAAAGACGAUAGGGAAUCUGUCCGGACUGGUCUGAUUUUUUAUGCACUCGGCAACCUCCGCGCUGCGCAAAAUGAAUGGGACGAGAGUUUUGAUUAUCAUCAGAGAGCGUGGCGCCAUAUGUGCGCGACGGUGGGUCGGAGCGAAGAGGCGAUUGCCAUGAUCAAUAGGGCACUAGACAUUUGGUCCGUUGAUCCGAGUGCAGACAAGAACGAGAUUGCUCGCACUACUUUCCUCAAAGGCAAAUUGUUCGAGGCAGCAGGAAAGACGCAAAAGGCUUCUAUUGCUCUUAGAGUUGCCUGUCGCUUGAGGAAGGAGAUUACCAAGGAUGAUCGUGAUGUGACGAGCUUGACGACGGAAGACUUUGACCAACUUGUUGCCUUUGGGCUCGUUAAUGAACCCUCGCUCGCAGUCUUGUGA